CAGAGCGACUCUGGAGCUUGGAGGGAGCCAUGAGCUGGACCUGCCCCCGCUGCCAGCAGCCCGUGUUCUUCGCUGAAAAGGUGAGCUCCCUGGGUCAGAACUGGCAUCGAUUCUGCCUGAAAUGUGAGCGCUGCCACAAUGUCCUGGCUGCGGGUGGACACGCCGAGCAUAAUGGAAAGCCAUAUUGUCACAAACCAUGUUAUGCAGUUCUUUUUGGACCCCUGGGGAUCAAAGCUGGUGGGGUGGGCUCCUACAUGGAAGAUCUUCCCCAUCCUCCAACUGUGACCCCCAUCACCACCAUGCCCUUGACUGCUGGCAGCUUCAGUCCACCCAGGAGCCGGACAGGCCCCCCUCAGGCCAAGAGGUCAAGGAGGAGCCCAACACAGGUGAAGACAUAUGCUGGUGAGACAUCCUUGUGUCCUGGCUGUGGGAACCCCGUUUACUUUGCUGAAAAGGUGAUGUCCCUGGGCAGGAACUGGCAUCGGCCCUGUCUCCGAUGCCAGCGCUGCCGAAAAACCCUGACAGCAGGGAGCCACGCAGAGCAUGAUGGUUUCCCGUACUGCCACAUCCCUUGCUACGGAUACCUGUUUGGGCCCAAAGGUGUGAACAUUGGUGACGUGGGCUGCUACAUCUAUGACUCUUUAGAGCUGAAAUCGGACUGAGAAGCUAACAGAGGAAUCCUUUUCCCUGUCCUGGGUCCUGUCCAGACCCUCCCUAUCCCCCAAGUUGAACAAGAAGGGCAGCAAUUUCCAUCCUUUCAAGCCAGACUGGGCUGCGUGUUCCAAGUAGCCUCCAGGCUUCAUCCCCCAUUCCCCACCCUGGCUGGUGGUUUAUGCUUAGUUCCACACCGCCUGCCGAGCAUCUGAUGCUGGAGGGGUGGAGGGUGGCAAUACAGGACGAAGGAGAGGAUGCUCUUUCUCUUCCUCUAAAACUCAGCAGGUUCCUCAGACAUUGGCUUCAAACAGACCCAAGUUCAUGAGGAAGAACUGGGGGGAGAAGAAUCAUGCAGGGACUGCCCUGGUGGCAGUGCCAUGCCCUCCCUCCACUGACGUCAAGGAGUGGCCACCUUCUUUGUCUGUGGGUACCCGUGUACUUCCAACCACCCCCCUUUGAAGUUCACCCAAUAAACGUGUUUGUUCCUUU